AUGCCUUACCACCAGCAGCAGUGCAAGCAGCCCUGCCAGCCUCCUCCUGUGUGCCCACCUCCCAAGUGCCCAGAGCCUUGUCCACCUCCAAAGUGCCCAGAACCUUGCCCACCUCCAAAGUGCCCAGAGCCUUGUCCACCUCCAAAGUGUCCAGAGCCUUGUCCACCUCAGCUGUGCCAGCAGAAAUGCCCUCCUGUACAACCUCCUCCCCCCUGCCAGCAGAAGUGCCCACCCAAGAGCAAGUGA